ACUGAUCACGUGUAUCCGAGUGGUAGACGCUGAAGUUGGAGAAAAGUUUGACAAGCCCGAAGAAGAACCCUAAAGAGGAGUGAAGCUCGGAGAAGGAGACUCGGAUCGAUCUCAGCGCUGUUUUUCCUCCGGACUGAUGAUGGAAUCUGUCGCACAGGUAACAGAGCUUACAGAGAUAGAUAGAGAGAGAGAAAAACGGUUAAUGGCGCAUACUAAUACCAAACACACCUAUCAGUGUGUGACUUGUGUCGCUGUAUAACGGCCUCAUUUGCUAUGAAAUGCUCUUAUUUCUCUACAGAAAGUGCUGAGCUCGGGGUUUUCUCUUGACUUGGGGCCUUUAAAGGAGCCGUUGGCAUUCAUUCGUGUUCUCGAGUGGGUACGUCUCUCUCAAAUCUUUUUUUUUUUUUACCAUAUGGCCAAUGGCGGGGUGACAACUACGUGAGCUUUCCAUCCCUGGCAGCAUAAAUACCUUUUAAAUUGAUUCUGCUGCUUGUCUUGUGACUCACUGCACGCCUGUGUAAGCUUUACGACUCAUCCUGUGAGCUGGUACACCGUUUCAAACAUGUUACACAAAGUAGUUAAUUAGUGUAGAUAGCCUACUUCAGAUAAGCACAUUAAAAUGUGGGCCUAAACACAUUUAAGCCAAAAUCAGCUGAUUGCUAACUUGAGUUAGCUUGUUAAAGUAGCACCUAUGCAUCAAGCAGUGUUGAAACAUACUCUAUAUGACAACAAAGAAAACUAAAUAAUAUCAUAAGAUACCACCUUGCAGAAAUGUGUUGCUCUGUUGUUUUGAACUUUAAAAUGAAAUGUUGCUUAAAGUUUAAUCUUAUGAUUGCUCAGGAUACUCGGGAUUUUGGUUCUUGCAUUAGUUUUUCACAAUGAGGGCAUCCUGUGUGAAAGGGUUUCCUGUCAAAUCAAAUAUAAGGAAGUGUGUAUGUGAGAUGAACUGCCUACUGUCCCUUGCUCUCACAUGGUUCCCCUAUCUUUUGUCUGUGGCUGCAGGUGUUUGCCAUCUUUGCCUUUGCCACUACAGGAGGUUACAGCGGCACAACCAGCAUCCUUAUCCAGUGCGAUGGAAAGACGAGUGAAGAAAUAAAGGCUGAGUUUAACUACCCGUUCAGGUGUGUCUGUGUACACAAACAAAGACACACUCACACCCUGUUUACAGUGAGCAGGAGCAUGUUGUGUUUGCUUUUGGGAGUGAAUCUUUUUUUUUUUUUUUUUAUUGAUCUGUCUUUACACAGGUUGAUGGAGCACCCGUAUACCGUACCUACCUGCAACAAUGAAAGCUCCACCAGCACUGUCUACCUAACUGGAGACCACACAUCCUCAGCACAGUUUUAUGUCUGUAUUGGGGUGUUCGCCUUUCUUUACUGCACUGGCACUCUGAUUCUUUACUUGGGCUACCAGCAUGUAUAUAGAGGAUCGAGUCGUGGCCCCAUCAUGGUAUGUUUACACCAAAGGUGUUUUUCAAGCAGCUGUGACAGUCAGUAAUGAUAUCACUGAUGUGGUGGGAUAAAUGGAAUUUUAUUCACACAAGUAAUGUUUAUAGUUAACUUUCUGAGUUUAAGAUGUUGUAUCUGGUGUCAGCUGCUGGAGUUGACUUCAUUCUGAAAUCUUUCUCAGGUCAGAGGAAGUGCAUUUAGCAGAGUUGUGUAAAUGGAAUAGUGAGAGGGGCGUGUUUCUCAGCUAGCUAGUGUGCUAGCUUUCGCCUAAACACUGAUCAGACACUAAUCAUGUUUUGCUUUUUUCCCAAAGGACCUGUUGGUAACUGCGGCCUUUGCUUUUCUGUGGUUGGCAUCCUCCUCUGCAUGGGCUAAGGGCUUGUCAGACGUAAAGUGGGCCACCAGUCCUUCAACAAUCGUAACCCUCCUCGAAGUUUGUAAGGGUGCCAAGUGCACCGCAGGUGCUGUCCCUCACAUGGGUCGACUAAAUGCCUCAGUGGUAAGUUAUGCGAAAAACAAGUAAUUUUCAAGCAUGAUAAUCUUGUGUGUGCAACAGCCUGGGUCAUUUGUCUUCUGUCUUACUCUCUGGCAGAUCUUUGGUUUUCUCAACCUCAUCCUGUGGGGUGGCAACUGCUGGUUCAUUUACAAGGAAACACCUUUCCACAAAUCAGCCAACCAGCCCUCUGACGCAGAGGGGGGAGUCGGUCCAUCGUAACUGCUUCCUCAUUUCUGAAAAGUUUAACAAGUAGUGUUAUUAAAUUAGUCAUUUUGGUACUAAUUAUUCAAAGAAAAAUUCAAGGUUAUGAGAAUACAUUUCCAAACCAGGGGCUCCUUUUUGCUCUGUACUCUUUUUAUAUUUAGUGCUGUAUUAACUCAAACUCAUUUUGAAAGUUCAAAUUAAGUCAUAGAAGUCAAAUAACUACAGGAAACUGUAGGCGCUGAACAGUUUUUUUCACUCUGGUGUCAAAACCCUCAGUCCCCUUGCUCAGACAGUACUGCUAAGACAGACUAUAUUUUGUGAUUAAUCAUAUAAAAGCAGAGCUUUGUUGACUUGUUUACAGCCAAAUAUUUUUCUACACAGUACAUCCUCUCUGAAAUCUGCAUAUUAAAAAAAGACUCAGGGCCAUUAAGAGGAUGAAUAACAUAAUAACUAGUUAUACUAUAUAUGAAAAACUGAGACUAAAUCUAUUGUUAAUACAUUUCCAGAAAGAAAAUUCAAAACCAAAACAAAAUUCAGUUGCAUCUUCAAACAGUAGGCUUCAGAAAACUUUGUUACAAAUGAAGAAUGGCAAAUAGCUUACAAAAUUUUGCCAUUAUGAGAUUAUUUAUAGUGGCCGAGUGUUUUUAUUGAACCCUUUGUUCCAUGUUGCAACUCUUCAUUUCACUCUGUAAGCCUUAAGUCACCAGAGUGACCUUAUAUUGAAUGUGAUAGUGCUUUUGAACAUGUCAGCUCUUCAGGCGGUGUCUUUAGGAGUUUUAAUGCACUUUUGUGAAGGGAUCAGAGCAACAGAGUACAGUCCUUUGCAGAUCUAUGCUGACUGACAGAGGAAAGCUGUCUAGCUUCUCAUUAAAUCCUUUCUGUGGUAUCCAAGGCUAGGUGACUUCCAAAAGUUCAUCACAAGUUUGCAGACAGUUGAUCCUUUGCGUUUAGGAAGUAGCAAGCCUCCCUCUGCCAUACAUCUUGUGAAUCAGAACAUCCUGUACUCCAGACAACAUGAACAAAAGCAUACUUAUCCUCAUAAGGUUGUAGUCUUAGCUGUAUAACACAAAUGAUUUGACAUCAAAACACAUGCAUAAUUUUCCAUCACUAAGAGCCACAUUUACUACCUACGAAGCAGUGUUGUUUUAGUAAAUAGUAGCUGUUACAGUUGGCUAAUCUCCAACCUGUUUUUUUUUUCACUGCACCGUGUAUCUUUUUAUUUUUACAGCUGUAGUAGUAGUAGUUAGUCCCAGUUUUAAAAGGCAAGAUGUUUUUCCUCUGUUACAACAAUCUUUAAAAUGUUUCUUCAAUAUAAGGCUGCUUUGCUGACAAUUUGAAAUUGGUUUAAACACUGUUGAUAAAAGUGUCACAUAGAUGAGACUGAAGUUCCUUUGGGAGACCAGGAGUUCUCAGCUUGGACAUGCAAUGUUGUGCCGCAUUAAAAUACAGAACUGGA